AUGUCAAGUUCUACACAACCAAUGGAUGUAGACAACAGCAAGAAAGCAAAAAAGCCUAGAUUUCAAGUUAAAAAGUGGAACGCAGUAGCAUUGUGGAAUUGGGAUAUAGCAGUAGAUAACUGCGCUAUAUGCAGAAAUCAGAUUAUGGAUUUAUGCAUAGAAUGUCAAGCUAAUCAAGCAUCUGCUACGACGAAUGAAUGCGUCGUCGCUUGGGGUAUUUGCAAUCACGCUUUCCACUUCCAUUGUAUAUCACGCUGGCUUAAAACCAGACACGUAUGUCCACUCGAUAACCGUGACUGGGCAUUACAAAAGUAUGGAAAGUAA